AUGUCUUCUUCUGCCAGUAACCCCGACCACCUUGCAUUGCCAUCCCUCGAAGAAUCCUUUGCGUCUCAAGACGACUUCGACAAUCAUGCUGUGAGCCCCUUGUGGAGGUCUUUAUAUGUCUUAGCGACCUCCCCUGCGGCCGUGAACAAGAGUACAGUGACCUGCGUGCCGAACGCAAACAACCCACGGCCCUUGAGAGGCAUGGGCGACAACACCGAGUAUUGGGUCAACCACUCAGGGGAGUUAUUCACUUUCAAAUUUCCCGCGACCCUCGACUUUGAUGGUCAGUUCGAUCAUACCAGGCCAUACUUCAACUUGCCGCAUACAGGUCUGGACCUGAACGUGCUGAAAAAGAUGCACGCACAGUUCGAGGUUCGUCCGCUCGACGUCAAGGCCAUGGAUACGUAUCCAGAGGAGGCCAUAAAAUGCAGCUCUGCGACCCUUGACAUGUUAAACGUGUUGCAUGGGGAAGCGGAUGACGCCAGAAAUGCCCUCCUGCCCGCUGUAGAAACAACAAUACAGAGAGGAACAAAUAAUGCUCCUAGCUGUAUCUAUAAUAGUUGA